CGUUCCGAUAUGGACAGCAAUACACUGCGAUAGUACUGUUACAAAUUUAUGACGUCACUAAUUUUGACGUUACUUCCUGUUGCGACUGCUUCAGCCGGCGAGGUAAAGCACUCGCAGUACGGACUAGUGAUCAAGAUGGCCACCUCCACUGAGAUAACCUUAAUUGACGCGGAAAGUAAUGAAUCUUAUAUGGUCACUAUUACUUUAGAAGACGCAGAACGGGCCCGAAAUGAUAUACAAUUCGCAACAAAUUUACUAGAAAAAGCAAAACGUAAUUGUAUAUCCAACAAAGAAAUCAGAAUUGGAACUACUGAUACGACGGCAGUUUGUGAAAACUCAAUAUCUGACAACAAUGAAAAUAACAAAGAGAAUGAGGAUACUAAAUGUAAAGGUCAGCAUAAUUGGACAAAAGAGGAGACAAUGCUGUUGAUAGAUAUAUAUACAUGUAAAGAAAAAGAUUUCCACAGUAGAAAAAGCACAGUGAAACAUUGUUGGGAGACCGUUUCCAAAGAAUUAAAAAAAAUGGGGUAUGAUAUAAGUGCGCAGAAGUGUUGUAUAAAAGAACAUAUAAAGUUAUAAAAGACCAUAACAAUAAAUCG